GCUUUGGACAAGGAGCUCGUCCUGCCUGAAGGAUGCCAAGGUGGGAGCAGGAUUCCAGCUAACACCUGCUGGUCGUCUGAGAGGGACCUACCACCUCCUGCACUCCAGCUGCUCUGAGCCACUUCACCUCCAGCUGGGCUUUGGCUUUUCAUCCAGAGACUUUUUCACUCCAUCAGGAAAGGAAUAAACUCACCAAGAUGGUAAAGAAAAGGUCUGAUGUUUACUCAGUUGAGAUCUAUGGGACAAAAGAUCUACAAAAAACAGAGAUUGAAGAUGAAGAUGAGAAGCACAAAGACUCAAAAGGCAACAAGAAUAAAAAGAAGACAGAGGAACUUAAGAAAGAGCUGGACCUGGAUGACCACAAACUCAGCGUCUCGGACCUGGAGAAGAAGUAUGGCACAAGCAUCGACAAAGGUCUCUCUAGUGCCAGAGCAGCAGAGAUUCUGGCUCGGGAUGGCCCCAAUGCCCUCACUCCUCCCAAAGCCACUCCUGAGAUCGUGAAGUUCCUCAAGCAGAUGGUGGGAGGGUUUUCCAUCCUCCUGUGGAUAGGAGCUGUCUUCUCCUGGAUUUCUUUUGCCAUCCAGCUCUACCAGGCAGCUGAAUCACCCUUUGACAAUCUCUACCUUGGAGUGGUCCUGGCCCUGGUUGUCAUCCUCACUGGAAUCUUUGCUUACUAUCAAGAAGCCAAAAGCACCAACAUCAUGGCCAGCUUCAGCAAGAUGAUCCCCCAGCAAGCUCUUGUCAUCAGAGAUGCAGAGAAGAAGGAGCUGCCAGCGGACCAGCUGGUGGUUGGAGACCUCGUGGAGAUCAAGGGCGGGGACAGGAUCCCAGCGGACAUUCGCCUCAUCUCCGCUCAGGGCUGCAAGGUGGACAAUUCUUCACUCACAGGGGAAUCAGAGCCACAGUCCCGCUCCUGUGACUUCACCCACGAGAACCCCUUGGAGACCAGGAACAUCGCCUUCUACUCCACCACCUGUGUGGAAGGCACUGCCACUGGCAUUGUCAUCAACACCGGGGACCGCACCAUCAUCGGCCGCAUCGCCUCGCUCGCCUCGGGCGUGGGCAACGAGAAAACCCCCAUCGCCAUCGAGAUCGAGCACUUCGUGUUCCUGGUGGCAGGAGUGGCCGUGUCCGUCGGGGUGCUCUUCUUCAUCAUAUCUGUCUCCAUGAGGUACCAGAUUCUGGACUCCAUCAUCUUCCUCAUCGGCAUCAUCGUGGCCAAUGUGCCCGAGGGACUGCUGGCCACAGUGACGGUGAGUCUGUCCCUGACAGCCAAACGCAUGGCCAAGAAGAACUGUUUGGUGAAGAACUUGGAAGCUGUGGAAACUCUGGGUUCUACCUCCAUCAUCUGCUCUGACAAGACAGGGACCCUCACCCAGAACAGGAUGACUGUGGCUCACCUCUGGUUUGACAAUCAGAUCUACUCAGCAGACACCAGUGAAGACCAAACAACCCAGCCCUUUGAUCAAACCUCUCCGUCGUGGACAGCGUUAUCCAAAAUCGUGACUCUCUGCAACCGGGCGGAAUUCCGGCCAGGCCAGGAGAACCUCCCCAUAAUGAAGAGAGUCGUGGUGGGAGAUGCCUCUGAAACAGCUCUGCUUAAGUUUUCUGAAGUAAUUUUGGGUGAUGUCAUGGAUAUCAGAGCACGGAACAAGAAAGUGGCUGAAAUUCCUUUCAACUCUACCAACAAAUUCCAGCUCUCCAUCCACGAGACCGAGGACCCCAGUGACAAACGCUUCCUGCUGGUGAUGAAAGGGGCCCCAGAGAGGAUUUUGGAGAGGUGCAGCACCAUCAUGAUCAACGGCAAGGAGGAACCACUGGACAGGGAGAAGGCAGAAGCUUUCCAGACAGCCUACAUGGAGCUGGGGGGCAUGGGAGAGAGAGUGCUGGGUUUCUGCCACUUGUACCUGCCUGAAAACGAGUUUCCAGACACCUACCAGUUCGACACCGAUUCCAUGAACUUCCCAACCUCCAACCUGUGCUUUGUUGGACUCUUAUCCAUGAUUGACCCACCCCGUUCCACGGUGCCAGACGCCGUCUCCAAAUGCCGCAGUGCCGGGAUCAAGGUUAUCAUGGUCACCGGCGACCAUCCCAUCACGGCCAAGGCCAUUGCCAAGAGCGUGGGCAUCAUUUCAGCCACCAGUGAGACCGUGGAGGACAUUGCCAAGCGCCUCAACAUUCCCGUGGAGCAAGUCAACAGGAGGGAAGCUACAGCAGCCGUGGUUAAUGGGAUGGAGCUGAAGGACAUGAACUCGGAGCAGCUGGAUGAGAUCCUGUGUAACCACUCCGAGAUAGUCUUUGCUCGGACAUCGCCCCAGCAGAAGCUGAUUAUAGUCGAGGGCUGCCAGAGGCAGGGAGCAGUUGUUGCCGUGACUGGAGAUGGAGUCAAUGACUCCCCCGCUCUUAAAAAAGCAGAUAUUGGAAUUGCCAUGGGCAUUGCUGGCUCUGAUGCAGCUAAAAAUGCAGCUGAUAUGGUUCUGCUGGAUGAUAACUUUGCUUCUAUCGUCACAGGAGUGGAGGAAGGGCGCCUGAUCUUUGACAACCUGAAGAAAACCAUUGCCUACACCCUGACCAAGAACAUUGCUGAGCUCUGCCCCUUUCUCAUCUACAUCAUUGCCAGCAUUCCAAUGCCCAUUGGCACCAUCACCAUCCUGUUCAUUGACCUGGGCACAGACAUUAUCCCCUCCGUGGCUCUGGCCUACGAGAAAGCUGAGAGCGACAUCAUGAACAGGAGACCUCGGAACAAGAGGAAAGACCGGCUGGUGAACCAGCAGCUGGCUGUGUACUCCUACCUGCAGAUCGGUAUCAUGCAGUCAGUGGGAGCCUUUGUGACCUAUUUCACCGUCUAUGCUGAGCAAGGUUUCCUCCCUUCCACCUUGCUGGGUGUGAGGGUCAACUGGGAAAACAAUGCCAUCAAUGACUUCGAGGAUUCCUAUGGACAGCAGUGGACCAAAUACCAGAGGACCUAUCUGCAGUGGACAGGCUACACUGCCUUCUUUGUGAGCAUCACCAUUCAACAAGUUGCUGAUUUGAUCAUCAGGAAAACACGGAGAAAUUCCAUUUUCCGGCAGGGCCUUUUCAGGAACAAAGUCAUCUGGGUGGGCAUAUUUUCCCAGAUAGGAAUUGCUUUGAUCCUCACCUACGGCCUUGGGCAUGUUACAGCCCUGAAUUUCACACCUCUCAGGUUCCAGUACUGGUUUGUGGCUGUGCCCUUUGCCAUCUUGAUCUGGGUCUAUGAUGAAAUCCGUAAGCUGCUCAUCAGAAGGUACCCAGGAAGUUGGUGGGACAAGAACAUGUAUUAUUGAAACAGUCCUUACCAAAGGUUUUCUUCCUCCUCCUGGAGAGAUUCUUCCCCACCUGACUCAGCCUCUGCUGCUUUCAAGUCCUGUCUGUGCAAUAUUAAGCAUGGAUUUGCCCCACGAUGGGGUGAAGUGAUUUCAUUAGUUUAAUGAAGAAAUAAGGACUUUAGAGGUUGAUGAAUUACCUCCCACUGUACUGUAAAGCCAAGACUUGUCUAGAAAUUGAAAUACUACCUAUUUUUGUAACGACUACAAUCUCCCCUCGUUCAAAGACGAAGUUGGAGAGCACUCUGAGAGGAAAACACACAUAAAGGACAAAAAUAUAAACAAACCAAAAGACAGAAAUUCCAUACAAUCUAAGGCAUUAAUUUGCACUGAAGGUGUUGUUUGCUGAUUUUGUUCUGGUGGAAUUGAAUUCCAAGCCAGUGCAUACACAGAUCUGUAUUCCCUUACCAAGGGUAAAAGUGCUGUAUAGGAACAAUUUGAUAAUAAAACUUUUUCCAGAAAA